GAGCCGCUGAAGCAAAGGGCUACCAAAGAAGAGCCGGCGAGGAGUCCGGCGAGGAGCGCGCGCAAAGAAGAGGCGGCAAAGGAGAAGCUCUCGCGCCUCUGCGCCCUUGAGGGAACGCUCAGCCUGCUUCCAUUGCGGCCGCUAGGAAGAGGCAGCCCGGCGUCUUGCUUAGCAACAGGCAGAGCGAACACAAAAGCCCUGCCUUGGCGACCUCGCUAGCCGUGGGCAUGUGGGAAGAAGCCCCAUGCAGCGCGGCGGCGCCCAGCUGAGGAGCCGCAUGCCUCGCGCGCAGCAGGGCUGCAGCCGGCGGGAGCUCCUUCCUGAGGCGGUCGGCGGGGGGAAAGGCGCGCUGCGCCUGGCGGCUUGGGCGUCGCGCGCCACAAUGCUGCCUCGCAGGCUCUCCUACCUUCUGGUAGCCCUCGCCCUCAGCAGCCUGACGGCGUUGCUGGUUUUCCUCCGCGGCCAGCCCGGCCCUCCGGGUCCCAAGGAGGAGGCCCGGCGGCCGCGGGGUCAACAGCCCCGGCAGCAGCCCCAGCCUCGGAGAGAAGGCGACUUCCUCCGCGGGGCUUGCGGCGCCCUGGCCGCUGAGGAGAAGGCGUUCGUGUGGGGCAACCACCUGCGCACGCCCUUCGGGCAGUCGCCCGACUGCGCCGAGUACGUGGAGGGCAGCCACUACGUCACGCGAGCCCUCUCGGAGGAAGAGGUCGCCUUCCCGCUCGCCUACGUCAUCACCCUCCACAAAGAGUUCGCCACGUUCGAAAGAGUCUUCCGCGCGCUUUACGCGCCCCAGAACUUGUACUGCGUCCACGUGGACGAGAAGGUGUCGGGCGACUACAAGCAGAGCGUGGAGAGGCUGGUGGGCUGCUUCCCCAACGCCUUCCUCGUGUCCAAAGCCGAGCCGGUCAUUUACGCGGGGAUCUCGCGUCUCCAGGCCGACCUGAACUGCAUGAAGGACUUGCUGCGCUCCGAGGUCCGCUGGAAGUAUGUGCUCAACAUGUGCGGCCAAGACUUCCCGUUGAAAACCAACAGGGAAGUCGUCCGCCACCUGAAAAGCUUCAAAGGGAAGAACAUCACCCCCGGCAUCCUCCCUCCUGAGCCGAUCACCGUAAGGACCAAGUACGUUUACAAGGAGCACAUAGACAGAGAGUCCUCUUACAUGAAAAGGACUGGUACCCUCAAAUCACCUGCGCCCCACAAUCUGACAAUUUACUUUGGCUCUGCCUACAUUGCCCUCACCAGGCCGUUUGUGGAGUUCCUUUUCCAGGACAAACGGGCCCUCGAUUUGCUGGAAUGGUCCAAGGACACCUACAGUCCGGAUGAACAUUACUGGGUGACGCUCAACAGGAUACCAGGUAUGUUAAUGGCAUCUGGCAGGAAAGCAUCUGGUGCUUUCCUGGUCUCCCAAGGGGCGCGUGUUCUCUUUUGUCCUGUAGACAGGACUUGCUUGCUAAGAGCAUUUCCAGAUGGAGCCUCUUUAGCUUGGGAAAUAAUUCACUGCAUCUCUCAGAACUCCAACUGUGAGCUGUCCAAACCACAGAGCAAAACCCUGUACAGCUUUCCACCUUGCUUUUAUUUUUCAAGGACACAUUUCCCACCUUUUCCAGUUCAACAAUAAAUCACAUUGUUCCCAGUGGCGCAGGGAAUAAUUGCCUGGAUACAGGCUCCACUGUUAAGGGUUGAUUACACCCGACACAAGAUUAUUGAGCUCUGUAAUAAUAACAGCAUAUACCCAGCAGACUUUAGUGGAACUUAGUUUAAAGUCCUGCCCAGCGUGGCAGAAGCAGGAUGAGAGGACAAUGCCUCUUUCUUACAGAUGGACAGAUGUAUCAGAAAGAAGGAAAUAGUGAAGUUUCCCAAUAAUCUUGUCCUGGGGCUAUUUAAUGUAAUUUAUUUGAGCAUGAUCUGGAAUUGAGGGUAAGCAGUGAGGUAGCCAGGUUGAAACUCAAGGAGGUAAAGUGCUCCAAAAGAAUCUCACCAAAUCUAAGCCUGCAGGUGAGAAAAGGGGAAAUGAAAGUGAAUGUAAGUAGGUGUAAAAUAAUGCAUAUCUGGGGCAACAACACACAGCUUUCCAUAUGAACUUAUGGGAUCUGAGCUGGCUGUGAUUAACAGCACCACAGGUAUGUCUGGAAUGCCUGCCAGUGGCUGUUAACAUGAAAACUAACAGUGCAGCAAUAUGCCUAUCUAUUUAAAAGUAAGCUUCAUUGAGUUAGGUAUUGCCACCUAAAUGUUAGAGCCUUCAUGCUUCUGAAAACCAGUUGCUGGGUAACUUACAAUGACGAUGAACUGUUGCCUCCACAUUUUCCAUUUUUGGGCUUCCCUGGUGCAUCUCCUUCAGAGGAAAGGUUAAGCUUAGGAGGAGAAAACCAUGAGUAAGGAGAGGGUGGCAUGAUAGAGAUGUGUAAAAUUAUGUGGAAUGUGGAGAAAGCAGAUAAACUUAUUUUCUCCAUCUUUCAUAACGCAAUAACUUGGGUUGCAUCAAAUGAAGCUAAGAGUUGGAAGAUACAGGGCAGACAAAAGGAAUCACUUUAUCACACAAAACCAAGUUAAAAUAUGUGGUUCAUGUGAUUUUACCAUUGAAAAAGUGAAUCUGUUCCUUUUGGCAAUUGAAAACCUUAAUUCCAUGACAAGUUUGUAGCAAAUGAAUUGGCUGUGAUGUUCCUAGCAACUGACAAAGCUCUAUGAAACAUUGCGUUAAGAGAUGAAAUCGAGAAAUGAUAUAAUGGUAUAUGUGCUUGAUGGCAGGACCUAGGGCUCAGAGCAGGCAUGCAAACUUGGACUCCAAGCAUGUUGAUUAUGGAAAAGAUAAACAAAUAAGCCUGAUAUUGUGUUAGGCUUAACAUAUUUUAACAACGUCAGAAUAUUUUCAAUGUUGUCUCCCUUGGUUACCUCCUGUGGUCAGAAGAACAUGUGCAGUAUAUAUUCGUUAUGGUCUUCUGGUUUGUGAUGCAUUUCAUUGCAGUAGCUGCAGUGAUUUGGGGUGUCCCACAGAAUGUGAGGCACUCUCCCAAAUCUUGCUUCAAAGGGAAACUCCACUCAGAGGCUUCCUAGCUUCAUUUGCAGUGCCUGCCAUGCCUCUAUGCUGGCUUCAUGCUACAUUCUCAGUAGAGUUUAUCUUUGGGUACUGAACCAGAUAGUAAAUCACACUUUCCUUUGACUUAUAGAAUCAUAGAAUUGUAGAGUUUUUUGUUUUUUUUAAUAAUCUUUAUUGCUUUUAAAACUUACAAGAAAAGAAGAAAGAAGAAAAUAGGCGAAAGAAAAAGACAAAAUAGAGCAGAGAAGGAAAAAAAGAGAAAGAAAAGAAAAUACAAUACAAUACAAUAAACAAUACAAAACACAACCUUAACAGACUAAACUAAACAAAGCAAAAGAACAACAAUUUAAAAACAUAUAUCAUACCAUUUCAUUACUCUUAUCUUUCAUUUCCUUAUUUCAUCGACCUCCUCUCACCUCCCUUUUUGUAUUCCACUUCUAUUACUUGUUUCAGCAAUUCCUUUCCAUCUUUCUCUAUUUUUAUCAUUAUGAAUAUCUUAACAUAUUUUGUACCUUAUUUUCCAUUAAUACUGAAAUACUUAUUUAUACCUAACUCCUUAUAACAUUUCUGCUAAAGCCAUAAAAUUUCAUUCCAACAAUUUUCUAACACUCAUUAAAUUUACAAUAUUUCUAUAUAUAAACUUUAAACUUUCCCAAUCUUCUAGCACCAUCUCUUCUCCCUGGUCUCGGAUUCUGCCAGUCAUUUCCGUCCAUUCCAUAUAGUUCAUCAACCUGGAGAUCUUCUGUCCGAGGCUCUUAAAUCUUUUCCAAGUCCCUUCUGCAGUUUUUCUUCAUAUUCUUUGAUGCUGAGGGUGCUGAAGCGCAGGUCUUGGGGGGGCCCCAACCCAACCAUGCCCCCAUUCCCUCUCGGCAGACCAACCAACUCUCCAAAGCUAAAACCAGUGUCCAUACAAUAUCUCAAAUCAUGUUUCAAGGCUCCCCCAGAUCCAAAGGCCCCCACAACUCCAAUCACCUCCUGACCCAGAUUCAGGACCCAAAGGUCAGUAAAUCUCUGCAUGAAAGAGUCUAUCCAACCUUCCUUCUUCAAUCCAAACAGGGCUCCAAUCUUCAAAUUCUGACUUUUUCUAUAUUCAUUCAUAAAAGGCCUCCACUUAUAGUCCUCAGUUUGCCUCUGUAAAACUGGGGCUUCCACUUGUAUUAUUUUAGGUUUAACAACACCAACAUUCUCCUUCGUCUUCUCCCCAGUUUGUCCUGUCAAGGUAGGUUCCUGUGUCAAAUCCUGAACAAUUUCUGUAUUAAUGGUCACUUUUUGUUCCAAAUUAGUCACUUUUUGUCCCAAGUUCUCAAGUUUGGUAUUCAUAGCGUCCGUCUUCUUGUGGAGCUGUUCCAACGAAUAGCUUAUCUUACAUAAUACAGUCACUAAGGCUCCUUCUGUCAACAUUCUUAAAGUCCAAAGUCGAUCUCUAUUUCACACAGUUCUUAUCUUGCAACUGGAAAAACCCCAGCUCCACUCUUGUAACUGUUUCAAAAGCUCUCUCUAGAGGGAAACAGUCUCCACUUGUAUCAGUCCUUUCAGAUACAGUUUAAACUAUAAAGAUAGUUUGUUUUCCUACUUUUUAAAUGCAGAUGAGUACAAUGGAAACAAUAUAUUUCUCUUAUUGCUAGCUGUCAAAAAACGUCACUCUUUCUGGCAGCCCGUUUCCAGGUUUGGAGCAGUGGUAAUUUGGUUUUUCACUCUCUCCUGCAGACUCACUAGGUCCAAAAUUUCCCCCCUCUUCUCCUGCUUCCAAGGGGGGUUUAACCGAUGGAGAUUUAAUCCUUUACAAAAAUAAACUUUCCAAGGCUUUAACUUGCAACUUCUUUGCUUCAAUCUGUUUACAAAAAAGGAAGGCGGACUUCCUGUUUAGAACCUUCCCGUUUCGAUGCCAAAUUAAUGAAUUUAAGGAUCUAAUUUUCCGUUCUACUCAUGGGUAGUUGUUUAAAAUCCAAUUGUCCACAGGAAAAAGUCAGUGCUCUCCAGCAACAGCGAUGCGGCUUCACUCCGUGAAAGAAGCAGUCAAUUCGAAGCACCGCACCACUCACCCCACUUCGCUCCGGAUCCCCAAAUCAGGGUUUCCCCGCGGGUAGGGGAGGCGCAAAGGGUGCCAGCCAAAUCCCAAGUUCACAGGCUUCUCCAGCCUGUGAUUUCAGUGGGUCUCCGCCUUCGCCGUGGCGGUCAGACCCUAAUUUCCGAGGAGCAAAUUCCUCCCGAUCGGAGGAACUCCGCCAUUGCCUGGAGGCGCCAACCCAGAAGUCUAUCCAUAGAAUUGUAGAGUUGGAAGGGAUCAUGAGGGUCAUCUAGUCCAAACCCCAGUAAUAUAUACACUCCCCCCUCCCCACAUGUAGGUUAUAUAGUGAGUAAGCUUUAGACAUAAAAUGUGUCGGUUGUGAGAUGCUACAUGAAGAUGCAAAUGUGGUUGGCCAUUCCACCAUUUUCUACAGACCCUCAUUCCCACCCCCCAAUUUCCCCCCUUUUCUUAUUUAUUGAAUCUUAUUGUGGCCCACUCCCCCCCCCCCCCAAGUUUUUGCUUUUCCUCUAAGAAAGAUGUUUUCUUCAUCUGACAGCCUGCCACCUUUGCUCUUUUGGUUGGGUGCUACACAGUGGCCAUACCAGCUCCCUGAAGGUAUGGUAAUAGCUAGUUAGUUGCCUCCUCUAACAAGCCCAGGCAGGUGAAUUGGGCCUGUGGAGCAGGGUGGUUGCUAUUAUUGUCCAUGCAUCCUAGACACAGGAACAUUUGGCACAGAGGGAAUUCUCAGUGCCCUUGCCUUUUCUUCCUUUCAGAUCUCUGGUUUCUCUUAUUAACGUUGCUUCCCAAAAGACAUAAAAUUGCAGAAACUCUGUUCGUGUGUGUGUGUGUGUGUGUGCGCGCGCGCGCAAUUUGAAUUUGCAAACUAUUUUCCAAAGAAAUAUAAUAGAACUUGAAAGAGGGGAACCCACCUCCAGUACAUAAAGAAGGUUAUUAGAUGUCAGUGUCUUAAUGCAUUUCUGAUCACUCAAAGGGAUAUAUCUGACUCGCCCACACCCAUAGCUGACCUAAUGAAAUCAAUAAUCUUAAAUUAAUUGCAUGUGAUUUAAAUCCAUUCAUUUUAGUGGGUCUACUCUGUGUAUGUCUUGGAUAUAACCCAGUACAGGAGAUUCCUGCAGAAGAAAUACUGUAUUUUGCCAAGAAACAUCUGUAGGUGCUCUGGCCAGCUGAUGGUCUUGGAACAUAAGAACAUAAGAACCUCUACUGGAUCAGAACAAUGGCCGAACUGGUUCUGUUCUUGUAGUGGUCAACUAAAUGCUUGUGGGAAGCACGUAAGCAGAACCUGAGCACAAGACUUACCCUCCUUACCCUCAGCCCCCAGCAACUGAUAUUCAGUGGUAUACUGCUUCUGAUAGUGGAGGUGCAACGUGAUCAUCAUGGCUAGUAGCCACUGAUAGUCUUAUCCUCCAUGAAUUUGUCUGAUUUUCUAAGUCAACCAAGUUGGUGGCCUUCAUUGCCCCCUAUGGGAGUGAGUUCCACCAUUUAACAGUGUGCAUUGCUGAAGAAUAUCAACAAUGGCCUUCAUGGUGGAACUGGAUGAUUACCGUACUGGGUGCUGAAGCUUUCGAAAGGUGCAGAAUUAUCCCAUAAAUCUGUUGGUUGGACUAAAAGGUCUGCUAUGAACGUUCUGAGACCUCACAGAUCAGGCUGUUCCAUGGGUUUGUGGCAUGGAACAUGUUGCUUUUCUGACGUUGUUAAAUUCCAUCUCCCAUGAGACCCAGCUAGCAUGGCCAAUGACCAAGGGCUAUAGGAGCUUUAGUCCAGCAACACUUGACAAACUGGACUCUGACACACAAAGGCUUGUGCCAUUACAAAUUUGUCAUUUUUUGCUGCAGUGGAGCAACACCACUAUCCCUUUGGAAACAGGACUAUGGAGAGGCAGAGAAGCUGAGCAUCAGCACAAAGCAGAGAUGGGGAAGCUGUAGCCCUUCAGUGCAGCCAAUGGUCAAAGAUGAUGGGAGUAGGGGGCCCAGGAGCAUCCGGGGGACCAUCAGUCCCCAUCCCUGGCAGUCUGCAGAACAUGAGACUCCUAAUCUCAGGGUCGUGGGUUUGAGCCCUAUCUUGGGCAAAAAAAAUCCUGCAUUGCAGGGGGUUGGACGAGAUGACCCACGUGGUCCCUUCCAACUCCGCAGCUCUAUGAUUCUAUGAUCAGCCAACCAAUCCUAGGAAUGCCCAUGAUGAGCAGCCUGGUAAAGUAGCACAACCACCCUGGCUAAAGCACACAACAGCUUUGAUGUAUCGCAAUACUUGCUGCUUGUUGUGUAAUUCAUUUUCUAAGAGCCCAGCCAUUUUCUUCCCGAGCUACUUUUCCUGACCUUAAAACCUCCCCUGAGGGCACUCCUUUGUUAGGAGCAGUGCAAAGUGCUCAUACUUGUCACCUGGGGUAAAGUAAUGUUUCAGCUAUCUUUCAAAUUAUACCCUCUGGCAAAAAAAGAAAAGAUAACCCACCUCCUUGGAUCUUGUGAAAGCUACACUGGCUGGAAAGACAGGUCAGCCCUCUUGAGAGCUUCUGUUUCGCCCUUUCCAUUGCUCCCAGCUAUUUCAUAAUCUUCAAGAGUGAAACCUGAACAACAACGAAAUGUCCAGAUAUUUACAUGUCCUUUCAUCCAUUUCCUGGGGGGCAAAUGAGUCAAAGUAAAGGAACCGAGGAUCUUAGGCAUAACCUUGGGGUAGGGGUGGGGAACAAAGUGUUUGGAUGCCAGAAGUGAAUCCAACACAGGUUUAAGAUAGCAUAAAAUUGGUUUCACCAUGAUGAGAUUUCCAAAGAAGCUGGCCUGAGGAUUAUAGUUUGUGGGAUGUCCCAAGUAGGGCUCACCUGAAAACCCCCCAAAAUUCCAUUGGACUGCUGCUAUUAUUAUUUUAUCUGCAGUGACUUUGAUCCAAGAUAAGGUUCCCAUAUUUUUCUUGGCCUCCAGCAGCUUCCUAUACACAAGCUCCAGAAAAAGCCUCAUGAACAAUAAAUAUACAUACAUACGCAGAUCAUUUUUUUGGAUGCAUUUCCAUAGUUAAAACCAUGCUCAAGGCAGCUUACAACAUGAAAAAGAAACCAGAAUUACAAAAGUUGAGAGAAACAAUAAAUAAAACACAUCAAAAACCACACAACCAAAUUGAACAGUUCCAAGAUAAAUCAUAGUAAGAUAGCCAAGAAGAUGGUCUCUGUGGCCUCUUCAGCAGCCUUAGCAUUUGUAGCUGGAGUAAGGCAGGGAGGCAAGGUCUUCCAGGACUCACAGCCAAUGUGGAAUCAUCCAAAACAAGGCUUUGAUCCUAAGCUAAGUUGACUGAAGGAAGUACGCAGAAGGAACAUUUCUGUCCUUUCCUUCUGCCACUCUUUGCACCCACAUUUGCCAAGGCAGUGCCAAAGUGACGGCUGCUUCCAGGCAACCUUCCAUCAGCAAAGCAGACUUGAGGAAUCUGUGGCCUUCCAGAUCUUGGUUGCUGGACUCCAAACUUCCAUCAGCUGCAGCACCCUGCAGGGCCAGUGAUUGGGGAUGAUGAGAGUUGCAACCCAGCGACAUCUGGGAGGCCACAGGCUCCCCAGCCUAGCAUUAAACCCAGUGCGGUGGGGUGACUUGCUGGAGACACUCUGCUCAGGGGCCCUUCAUGCAGCUUUGCAUGCAGGUUGAUAGACCAGCUAAUAACCUGGGAUUCUUCUUUUUUAUCCCUCUUGCUUGAAAACUGGCCCCACAAUGCCAGUCUUCCAAACUCAGUAGGCUAUUGCUCUUCCAUUGACUGUGGCGAUUAAUGCUACAAGCACCAGAAUGCCACCAAGUUAAGGUUUGUUGUAGGGAUUUGUUGCCCCCAAGAACCUUGGAGUUACUUACCAUUUUUAAUGAGAUUCAGUUUCAUUGGGUGAUUCAGAAUAUCAUCUAAGAAUCAGUUCAGUAUAUAUAUAUAUAUCUGUGGUAUUUGGAAGCUUAGCUGCUAAGCAGUGUCCUUGCAAUACGCUGGGAAUUGUUAUUGUGAUCAGCUGACACUGAGAAUCAGGAAAGAAGCCCAUCUGCUUCUACCAUAGGAAGGAAGUGGAAAUACGGAGUUGAGAGUAAGUGACAUUUAUUGAACAUAGUUUGCUGUUGCAGGUUUGUUGCAGAAUGUUGUGCGUUGAUGCUACUGUUGCGUUGUAAAUAAUCUUAUGCAUGCCGUGUCUACUGUUACAUUAGUGCUUUCCCUCUACCCGAGAGAUGGACAAACAAGCAGAUCAGAAUCUGCUGGUAGAUGUUUGUGUGAUCUGUAGUAGAUAGCCACGGCUUUCUGACUCCCAGUUGCUUAACAACAGGAAGUAAAAUGUGCAAGUUAAAAAACAAAACUCUCUGGGAGGAAUUCAACAUCAUUAUAUGGCUAGCAGUGCAUUUAGGGCAGAGUGACUGGUUCCCCUGCCCUGGGCGCUAAGCCUAGGGGGUGCUGCAGGACAUUGCAACUAUAACAUAGCGAAUUGAGCAAAACAGAAGAUGAGAAGUGGAGGGUGCUGGAUUUUGGGCCCACACAGGGCACUGCUGAAAUUUGAAAGAUCAAAAUCUGCCUCUGCUAUGGCCAUUGUUCCACCAGUGCAAACAUUUCAGUUUGCCAUGUGGAAGGGUCCCCCAUCUCUUGUCUCCCCCUUGCACUGUUUUUUUUAGGGCGGUUCUCCCACCAACCUACUGAACCAAUUUUGGGGGCACAAGGACAGGGGUAAGCAGCUCUGCGUUACUAGAAGUCCUUGUGUGGGUUUCUCUUAGCAAGACUCAUUUGCUGAAUCUUUCCCUCUGUGUUGUUCACCUAUAACAGGCUUCCUCAACCUUGGCCCUCCAGAUGUUUUGAGACUACAAUUCCCAUCAUCCCUGACCACUGGUCCUGCUAGCUAGGGAUCAUGGGAGUUGUAGGCCAAAACCAUCUGGAGGGCCGAAGUUGAGGAAGCCUGACCUAUAACAUAUUCAUAUUCAUUGGUUCCCUUUUACCAUAUCUUAGUGCAACCCUGUGGGGUAGUUUUAGAGGUUUGUGCUUAGAAUCCUUAAUCUGUAGUAACUCAAUACAUAUAUACACCUGGAGAAUUUGGGCUACAGUAGGUAAGGCUCCCAUGCUCCAAAAGCACCGUUUUGCAUUGUUCUGCAGCUGCUAUUUUGCACCGUCUCUGAUUGGUGGACUUUGGGCCAUAGUAAAAAUGAAGUAGAUGCCACAAAUUUCACCUUUGCUGUACUCCAUUCAUGCCUGUGUGCAGUGCAACCAGUUCUGUUGACUCUCAGCAUUUCUUCCAAAAGUUGGCAUUGGGUCCAAGAACACAAACAUUCCUCAUGGCAUUUGCAGGACGUAUCAUAAGCAGCACAUGCAGACUGACCGGAGAUAGUAUUUCCUCCAGGCUCGUUCUUGUGCAUGGACAUUCGACUUUGUUUUACUGCAGGGUUCACAGGUCGACAGGAAAACCAUACCUCCCUUUGUGAUGCAGGAACUAUUUGUACAGCUGGAGAUUUUGGAAAUAACUUUUAGUGAUCAGGAUAUGUGUGUUGUUUUUAACACAAGCUGGCUGGGGCAAAAGCCAGAGGCUUCCAAAUAGAAACCUUUCCCUUUGAGGAAACUGAGAUGAAUGAGGAUCUCCAACAGGGUGGCACAACAGUGUUCACUUCUUCAAGAGUGAAUCACCUCAUUUUAAGAAUAAGACUUAUCUUUCUCUUGUGUCCUCUCUUCAACAAACAGGUGUCCCUGGCUCCAUGCCAGAUGGUAGAUGGGAAGGUGACCUGAGAGCUGUCAAGUGGAGCAACGAUGAAACUAAACAUGGAGGAUGUCACGGUAAAGAGCACAUGGUUUUGGCAUUUUGUUUCAGUCAACCGCGGGAAGCUUGAUUCUCCCCACUGAUUUUUUCCAAAACCAUUGUUAACAUCCAUAAAGUUGAAAAGAUAAAGAUCCAGUUAGUAAGGUGAUAGGGUAAAAUGGGACUUUGUUUUUAGUAGACCUACAUAAGACCGCUCGGCUGCCUCACGUACACAAGCACACCCUUGCUCAGUUGACUAUAUCUGGGAACAAAUCCGUGGGAGUUGGGACUGCGAAGAAAAAGAAAAGGAGAAGAAAAAUCAGAUGCACAGAGGUGGAGGAAAGGGAAGAGUAGGAGGCAGAAAGGGUGACAUAUUGAGAGGAAGGAAGGAAGGAGUAAAGAACAGGAUCAAGAAACAGGAGGAAAACAAAGAUGUAAUGAGCAGAAAACUAUUGACAAAAUAGAAAAGAAAAGAAGAGGAGCUAGAAAAAAAAUAGAAGGGAAGGCACACAAAACAAUGGUUUUGAACUGCAGCCAUAGUGAUACUGAACAGGCUUAGAGGUGCAGCAGCCAGAAUUUUCCUGGAAAGGGAACUGCCUGCUACUCCCUUCCCUCAGUAGUGGUGCAUUGUCAUUUUGCGCAGCCACUAGAGAUGGAGCCACCAGCCAGUGUGGAGCGAAGGGGGCUGCUUGGGGACAGGGAUCCAGGGUGUGGUCAUUCCACCCCUCCUGAACGUAACACCUUAAGCAAACUGCCUCCCUUUGAUUCCAGACAGGGCAGUCGCCUAUUUCUGCUUCCUUUCUUUAUUGCUCUUUUGUUUAUUUCUCUGUAGCUCUGUGUACUUUGCUCAUUCAGCCAUGUAGCACUCAUCUCCUUGAAUCUGAAAGGAAAACAAAGACGGGAAUGUGGUUUCGCUACACAGCAGAGAUUUCCCUCUUGCAACACAGCUCUCGUUCUGUAUGGUCACAUUAAAUGUUUCCUUUGUUGAUACACUGAGAAUGCUCCACUAGCGCCCCCCCCCCCCUUUUUAGUAAUAUGUUAAAAUGCCUGGAAAUUACAUAAAAUAUUUACACACAUAGAAUCAUACAAUCAUAGAAUUACAAUUACACACACAGAAUCAUAGAACUGUAGAAUUGGAAAGGACCCCGAGGUCAUCUCAACCCCCUACAAUGCAGGAAUCUCAACUAAAUCAUACAUGGCUGAUGACCACCCAGCCUCUCUUUAAAAACAUUAAAGGAAGGAGAGUCCACCACCUGGGAUUCUGUUUCACUGUCAAACAACUCUUACUGUCAGAAAGUUCUUCCUGAUACAGUGGUACCUCGGGUUAAAACUUAAUUCAUUCCAGAGGUCUGUUCUUAACCUGAAACUGUUCUUAACCUGAAGCACCACUUUAGCUAAUGGGGCCUCCCGCUGCUGCCGUGCCACCGGAGCAUGAUUUCUGUUCUCAUCCUGAAGCUAAGUUCAUAACCCAAGGUACUAUUUCUGGGUUAGUGGAGUCUGUAACCUGAAGUGUCUGUAACCUGAAGCGUAUGUAACCCGAGGUACCACUGUAUUUAGUUGGAAUUUCCUUCCUUGUAACUUGAAGUCAUUGGUUCGGGUCCUAGCCUCCAGACGAUGAGAAAACAAGCUUUCUCCAUCUUUCACGUGACAGCCCUUUAGAUACUGAAGAUGGCUAUCAUAUCUCCUUUCAGUCUCCUCUUUUCCAGGCUAAACAUACCCAACUCCCUCAACCAUUCCUCAUAAGGCUUGGUUUCCGCACCCUUAAUCAUCUUGGUUGCCUUCCUCUGCACACAUUCCAGCCUGUCAGUAUCCUCCCUAAAUUGUGGCAGCCAGAACUGGACACAGGAGUGGUCUGACCAACUUAAGGUCUUGGGCACAGGCAUGCAUUCCAGGCCCUUCCUGUCUUGUCCACAAAAAAAGAAGAAAAGUUUUUGUGUGUGAUUAUUUUUUUCUCCCCCUAUUCCUUGGCAGGUCGUUAUGUCAGAGCCAUUUGUAUCUAUGGAACUGGUGAUCUGAAGUGGCUGCUGAAAUCCAAAAGCCUUUUUGCUAACAAGUUUGAACUGGAAACAUACCCACCAACCGUGGAGUGUCUGGAGUUGAGUGUUAGGGAGAGAACACUCAAUCAGAGUGAGAUACCGGUGGAACCAAGUUGGUACCUAUAGGAAAAGAUACCUUUUAAGUUAGUGAACAGAAACAAUCAUGCAAAGCCAGAAACAAUCAUGGAAAGCCAGAAACAGAAACAAUCAUGGAUGGACCAUUCAUCGCACCUUGAAGCUGUGCUUCUUCAGGAUACUCAAUACGAGCCAGUUUUAUAACACUUUGAAUACCUUUGCACUAAGGCUGAAACAAGAUUUCAGGGCAAUCAAUAUAUUAGCUGAACUUCCUUGAUAUUUUAAAGAUUUUGGAACAGGGUUAUUCGCCCUGCCCAGAAAAAAACACUCAGGUAUUAUUUAUUAAUACUUUGGGAACUGGUUUGUAUUAACCAAGAGAAAGACAGUGACUUCAGAUUUCAAGCUUACAAUUCAUUAGCUGGGCAUCUUGUGCCAGCUUCUGCUGUCCUACACGCAAGCAUUGUACUUGAUACCUCUGCCAGCAAUUUAGAAACCUGGUUCCUGGACCUCCAGGGUUCUCUCAGUUGAAGGAGAACCCCACACCCAACCCCUCUUUAACCCAGGAAGUAUUGCAUGUAUGGCAGGGUAGUGUAGGAAGUCUGAAUCACAGCCCCCAGAGGGUUAAGUAGGAGAGUGAAAUAGAAACUCAGAGAUGGGAGGGGAAAUGUUUCUAUUGGACCAGUUGCAUGUUUACACUUGCCACAUUCGGCUUGACUGUUAAUUGAUCCCAGAAAUAAAAAAGAAAGGGGCUAUCAGUGGUGUCCAGGACCUAGUUCAUUAGGCCCAACUCUCUUUGUGGCAAGGAACUGUUGCUUGGGAGAAAUGAGACUGCUUUAGUCAGAGGAAAUGAGCCUAAGCACUAUUGCAUUCUGAUAAAGUUAAGCCAGAGCUGUAUCUAGCCAGGUUUUUUUUUGUCCCAGGUGAAGCCUCCAGGAGACACCAUUGAGAAUCCCAGCCUGUGUAUGUGUGUACACAAAUGCGCAUGGGAGGUGUCAGAUAGUUGUUUAUUUCCUUGACAUCUGAUGGGAGGGUGUUCCACAGGGCAGGUGCCACUACCGAGAAGGCCCUCUGCCUGGUUCCCUGUCACCUCACUUCUUGCAAUGAGGGAACCGCCAGAAGGCCUUCGGCGCUGGAUCAAACAAACAAAUAGCAGACUGGGCUGUUUGCUAAGUGCUGCAUAUCAAGAAUGUUGGGUGUAUACCUUGUGGAAUCUCAGUCACAGAAAACAGCGAUUUAACAGAGUUGUCUUUACUAGGUUAUCACCAACAUACACACAAGGUUACCAGUGCAUAGACAAACAGUAGUUAGGCUAUCUGUCAAGAUAGGGAUGCACCUGGACCACUAGAUGAAGCUGGUGGCCACUGAGGCCACCUGAAUCUUAAGCAAAGGUUCCAGAAGUAGUCCCAAGCUAUGUGCCUGCUCCUUCAGAAGGAGCAUAAUCCCUCAGGAGCAGUUGUUACAAGCAGUCAUCUCUUUCUGAGCCCAGAGAGGGUUCUUUGCUUCAACGUCCUUGCUCUGUUAGUCCACAGCCAAGUCCUUAGUUCAUUGGCUUGCAAAGCUCUGCAACAGAUAAGAGGUUUCAAGUUCUGAAGUCUGGCAAUAUCCCAACUUCUUCCUCAGAUGAUCUCUUCGAAAAAUCCGAACUUGAAUCCACAACCCCAACAGAAAGCCUUCAACAAUUCCUGCAAUCUCCUCCCACAACCCACACAGUAUGUUGCCCUUGUAUACAUGAAGUUACUUGCCAAAUCUGCCCAAUAACACACAUAAAGAGAGUUGUGAGGUGCCUGCAGGUGCAUUAUGGGUGAUUGAGUUGUGUCUGCUGACUUACGAAGAAUUAACCCAUUAACUGCAUUACAAGGGACGCUAAGCAGUGUUGCUAAGCUAUAGAAUGAAGGCUGAAAUGCACAUCAUACAAAUGAGAUACUCCCAGGUGUUCCUGUCAUCCUUUUAAAUAAAUAAAAUGUACAGAGAAACAUAUGAACUAGAACUGACCUUUGACCAACCAACCCCCCCCCCCAUUCUUGAGGAUGUGCGCAUUGCAGCUACUUUUGACCUUUCUCAAGGUCAGAAAUGUAGAGGCGAAUCUUUUCAUAGCAUGCUUAAAAUAAAAUUAAAAGUAGUGGAAACAGAUUCUGCGGCCUAAUUUGUGUGCAUCAAGCUGUUGUUAUAAGGCACAGCAGACCCAUUAAAAAUCAAAGCUGCAACUGGAAGUCAAGCAGUUGUUCACCAUAAAAAAAAAAAAAAGGAUUAUCAACUGCAUAUUUUCCACACUGGCUUGUUUACUCCUAUAAGUUCUGUCUAGGCAAAAACGAUAUCUGAUAACAAGGAAGUGUAAAAUAGAGACACCGAUAUUGUUUUGCAUCAUUUGCCUUUCGAACAGCGAAAAGUUCAUGAGUUUCCAUCAACAGUUUUAAAACUGAGGGCAUGUCUUGUCAUUGGCAUUUCUAAGCUGCUCUAUGAGCCUUUUGGGUGAGUGAGCAGGAAAUUAAAUGAAAAAAUAACAAUGCACGGCUAAAUCAUAAAACCUGUUUAGUUAGAAUUACAAACCCUCUCAGUUUAGCAAAGCUUUCUUCCUAGUGAGCAAGGUUAGGAUUGCAGCUUGAAUCUGUGCAGGUUACUCAAGAGCCAGCCACACUUUGCUCAAUGGAAAUUACUUCAAAGUUGGUGUGUUCAGGAUUGCAGCUUUGGAGUCCCGUUGACUUCUGCAAGGCUGAUCUUCUAUGUGCAAAGGCUACAGGUGCCUUUCCUUAGGAUCACAACCUAAACAGGCAAUGAGAAUUCAUGGGGUGGGGUGGGGGAAUUACAUGGUCAGUUCAGAACUGUUAAAACGACCUCUUUCCUCACACAUAUCACUAUAAUCGGUACAAAUACAUACAGGCAGAGUGGGUAGGCGUCAUUCUCCAACCAAUCUUUCCCCUGUUUUGUAUACUUCAUUCUAGGGACCUGUGUGUGUGUGUGUGCAAUGGAAAUUAAUAAAACAAGUUAUUCAGAUGCAUUCCAUGAUAACGGAUUACUAGAAGAAACAUGAACUUCCUUCCCCGCACUCUUUUAAAUCCGUUAAUUACAUGUUUGUUCAGUUGCAUUUAUUGUAUUUUAAUGUUCUGCUGGAAGCCGCCCAGAGUGGUUGAGGAAACCAAGCCAGAUGGGCGGGGUAUAAAUAAUAAAUUAUUGUUGUUGUCAUUUA